AACCACGCCGGGCUGAUGGCGCCUAUGAUAUAUCAUCGCCAGCUCCCAGCUCCCAGCUCCCAGCUCCCAGUCAAAUCCUCAUCUGCUCUAAAUCAAUCCCUCCGCUGCUUACAUAUACAAUCAUUCGUCCGUCCAUCAUCUACUUUUCUUGGCGAAUCGUCUCAUCAAGGCUUUGUCGGACACGGUUCGUAUUGUAACCCAUCCGAGUCAUUAGUAAACUCACCCGCACGACAUUCACGCGUACAUCCCGGUCAGACGAGCCGACAUUGGUAGGUAAGUCGCAGCACCGUUACGUUGACCUCGGGAGCCAUUCUCCUCGCACAUGUCCGCCACCGGUUCUCAUACUUCCCAUUCCGAUGGCAGUUCCGUUUAGAAAGCAACAGCGACCUUGACACUUGUUGCACAAGUCAAAGCCGCUCUGCAGGCUACACAUAUCCCAGAACCGCUUCUCUCGGAAUUUAAUCAUUUGUUGAGCGCUCUUCGGCACCGGCCUGGCGCUUUAUCUUCGUCUCAAGUGAUCUCAUUGGCCUGAAUUGGCUUCCCUCAACCCUCCGACCGUGUCAAAUCGCACGCGGGACGGGCUCGAUAGCCUUCAACCCCGCAACCAUGGCGGCCUCCAAGCCCGCUUCUCCUUCUUCAGAGCCACCCCGUUCACUACGAGACGCUUUAAAGGCAGCAAGUGGCGGACGGACGACGGGCGCCACCCCGUCAGAAAGUCCGAGUGAGGAGGACUACGAUGAUUCGAAGCUGUCUGCAAGACGACGCAAGGUACAGGCUCCGGUCCGUCCCGGCGCAUCGCCUUUGAAGGCCUCAUCAAAUCGUGACAGAAAGCUGUCUCUUGACGGUUCGACCUUGUCCGAGACAUCGAGUGUCGACGAGCCUCUCCGUGAUGGUGGCGGCCGUCUCAAGACGUAUGUGUUAUCACCUGAUGACCGCGAGCUCCGCGAUGUCAUCAGGCGAGGCCUGGAGAGGGAGAAAGACCCGAAGAGGCCACGGCGGGCAGGCAAAUUCAGCGACCUGGUCUUCACGCGCCAGUUUUCCACGUUUGACAGACAAAACCAGCAGACAGCCAACAGCCCCUUUUACGGCUUCUACACGCUGUUCUGGCUGGCCGUGGCCCUCUUCGUCGUCAAGAUCGGCGCCGCAAACUGGAAGGCGACGGGGAGCCCUCUGGGCACCAACGAAAUCAUGAAGACCAUGUUUCGCCGGGACGUGGUCGUCCUCCUGGCAUCCGACGGUGUCAUGUGCGCCCUCACGGGCGUGAGCUGGAUACUGCAACGGCUCAUCUUCAGCGGCCACGUGGACUGGGACAGGUCCGGCUGGAUCAUCCAGAAUAUCUGGCAGUCCAUCUUUAUCGGCGGCGUGGUUGGCCUGACUCUGAUCCGUGACUGGCCCUGGACACACACUGUCUUCUUCGUCCUCCACGGCAUCGUCAUGCUUAUGAAGCAGCACUCGUACGCCUUCUACAACGGCUAUCUCUCGUCGACCUACAAGAAGCGAAAGUCCCUCCUGUUGAAGCUGAAGAAGCUGGAGCACAUCGCCCCGAUCGAAUUCCCGUCCGCCACCAGCCCCUCGGCGUCAGCAAUCUCCCUCUCGCACCUGGCCAACCCACCGUCUGCGACCGAAAUGGAGGAGCGCCGGCAGUCGGUGACCCACGUCCGCGGGUCUGAGGAGACGGACCUCGACCGCAUCUCCCACGCCAUCGAGUCCGGAGAACCCCUCGACGCCGAUCAGAUCCGCGUGUUCGAGCGCAUCAUCCAGUGGGAGAUUGACGGCCUCACGGACGAGUUGAGGGGCAAGGCGACGAGCGUUGUGCAGGCCUACCCUCACAAUCUCUCCCUCACGAACCAUUAUGAGUACAUUGUCCUGCCGACCGUGGUUUAUGAGCUAGAGUACCCGCGCUCAGAGUCGAUUGACUGGUACUACGUCGCCGAGAAGACAGCCGCGAUGUUUGGCAUCAUCUUCGUCAUGAUCAUGGUGUCGCAGGCCUUCAUCUAUCCCGUCGUGAUGCAGACCGUGGUCAUGAAGGAGACCGGCAUGCCGUUAGCAGAGCGCUUUCGCUACUUCCCCUGGAUGCUGAGCGAUCUCGCGUUCCCGUUCCUGAUGGAGUAUCUGAUGGCAUGGUAUCUCAUCUGGGAGACAAUCCUCAACAUCCUCGCGGAACUCACCUACUUUGCCGACCGGAGCUUCUACGACGCCUGGUGGAACAGCGUCUCCUGGGAUCAGUUUGCCCGCGACUGGAACCGGCCCGUCCACAACUUCCUCCUUCGGCACGUCUACCACAGUUCCAUCUCGUCGAUGAAGGUGAACCGCCACACGGCGACUCUCAUCACCUUCUUCCUCUCGGCCUGCGUCCACGAGCUGGUCAUGUGGUGCCUCUUCAAGAAGCUCAGGGGCUACCUCCUCUUUCUCCAAAUGUGCCAGUUGCCACUCGUACAACUGAGUCGUACGCGGUGGAUGAAGGGCCGCAAGAUCCUGGGCAACGUCAUAUUUUGGUUCGGUAUCUUCACGGGUCCGAGCCUGCUGUGUAGUCUGUAUCUUAUUUUGUGACUUGGCUUGAUGGUAAAGUGUUCGUUGCAAGGCAUACUGAGCGAUUUGGGGAGGGGGGGUUUAAUCGACAACGGCUUAUUUCACACCACUGUUGUCAUGCCGGGGCCCGAAAUUGCCUGCAGUCGUUGGACAGCCAAGAUCUUGCCGCCUAGGGGCUGGAACACAGUAGUGGAACGGACUAUGUGAUGUAACGUUCAAUUCGACAGUCUUCAUUGCCCGCAAUUUUCUCAUCUAGCAUCUGGUUCUCAGCCCACAAUAUAUGGUGUUCACCCUGCAUCAAAUCGGUUCCGAUUCACAGACACUGCGGCUGUCACUAUCUUGCGCAUUGAAACACCUGGGGUAACCUGAACAAAAACCCCAACACAACAUCUCAGAAGCAAUCUGCAUGGAAUUCAUCGUU